UCUCUCACAUACACUUUUCGCGUCUCGUUCACUCCGCAUGCUUUUGCUUUUUUGGUUGAGCCGGAAUCGAGUGCCGCAUAAGCCAAGCCUUCCAAGCGGAGCCGACUUUAGUCCAAGUUUGAAAGUUGGAGCGUUUAGUACGUGUUGUACGUUGAGCUCUCUCUCAUCUGCGUGAACGCCUGCCGGAAACCCACCACCUCACCGCCACCUCCUUAAGAAGUAGCAACUUUGUCUUGCGAACGGCGGAAUUUCCCAUCUUUCACAUCGCGAACUGAUUGUCGUGAUUUGAUUAAUUGGAACCGUUUGGGUGAUUACACACCGAACUCGCGUGUGUGUGUGUAUGUGGGUGUGCGUGUGUCUGUGCUUUUUUUUUUGAAGGCGCGAGUAGCGCCAAGUGUUGUUGUGCCUAAUCAGUCAACCGUAGCCUCGCGAGAUUGUCUAUUGUUUCGUGCGGGGGUGAUCGAAGCUGCCGAAGCCUAGCCUAAGGAAAUACAUUUACGCGAGGGGAGAGACGUCCGAUCGGGAAAUCGAGAAGAAAUGUGGCGAAGAGUGGAGGAGUGUAAAGUGUGUAAUUAAUUUCCCUCCCUGCUGGUAGUUCAUUAAACUUUUAGUCGGGGCUUCUCGUACAUCUGUGAUUCUCUAUUGUUUCUCCCGGUUCAGACGAGAGAACAAGAAUUCAGAAAAGGAGAAACCGAAAACAAACCUGGAAAAAAAGAACACACAUCGAAUUGCGGGGGUUCGAACAGUCGAACAGAGUGUAGGUAAUAAGUUGCCGAUUUGGGAAGAAAACUAAAGCAGCAGCAUUUGUAAAUUGGAGAAAACCGGUUGAAAUACACUUGUGGACCUCCUCCUCCUGAUAACCGAUCGGGUCGAGAGUGCGGCAAGUGGUGAGCUGCGGUGCUUUGGAAAAGAAACGUGAGCGAGAAGAGCUAGGAAGAGAGAAAGAGUGUGUGUCUUGGAGCUGGGAGUGAAACUAGAGCACGACAAACGGAUUGUGGCUGGAAGGAAGCAGCAGGAGCAGCAGCAGCAACAGGCGUCAUCGUCAUCGUCGUCUUCGUGCGUGUGCCUCUCGGAGAGAUCAGAAGAACGCGCGCGCGGUCCUGCUGCCGGUAUCAAACAAGUGGUUUUUGUUUCGAUGACAUGCUUUUGAUUGGAAAUUUCGAAACUGUUGACGCGUGACAAGUUGUUGCGGUGGAGGUGAUUUCAACGGUCGGUGUCGAUUUAUUCACUUAUUUAUCUCUCACUCAAGGAGACCCAAAAUAACGAGAGAAACGAGUUUAUAGGCUCUAUUAAGCCGCACACAGAAGGAAAAUAAAUGAAAAAUAGUUUUUUGGUGAUAUAAAUAAAUAACGACUGAUGCCUUACUUAUGUACGCUGCACGCUUGAGAAAGCAGACCAGAUAGAGCCAACGAAUAGGUGAUUUAAUAUAAAAGAAGAAACAAAAAAUAUAACGUAUACAAACAAAGAGGAGAGAAAAUAAUUAGAGCUAAUUAGUAAUGGUUUAGUAUUAUUUUCCACACCUAACUUUGAAAGUAAGUUUGGGUUUUCUUCUUAACCGUACGAAACUUCAUUCAUCGACUCGAUUCAGGAAGUGAACACAAGAGAAAAAAGAGUAGUGCACACAACUGUGUGGCAGUGAGUGUGUGUUUGUGUAUGUUUUCUGUGGAAAAGUGUGCCUGAAGAAGGGAAAAUUGUCCCACCAGAGCAAACGACACAACAAAGGGCAAGGAAAUCCUAGUUUCCCUUUCGAAAGGUGACCCGAAAGAAAAUUUGUUUGAGGUGCACAGUGCUACUGUCCGUUAAGUGUGUCUGUGGGUGGAUUUUAAGUUUUUGUACCCCCAAUUCUUAAGAGCAACGUGACGAGCCCAAGGCGGCCGCUCGAAAAGCCUGCAAGCUGGAUUAUCUACACAUGGAUUUCGACGACGGGGACCUGAAGGAGCUAUGGGACACGGAUCUCGACACGACCAUGCAAGACACACUGAAAAUGUCCAGUUAUGUGGACAUGCAGGAUUGGAUGGAACGCGACUCGAAGCUCCCGCCGGUGAUCUUGAACGACAAACUGAUGACGGACGCGAUCAUCGGUUCCGGCAUGCCGAUCAAGACCGAACACUCGUACAGCCUCAAUUCGGACGGCGACUCGAUAUCGGACACCCUGCCCGACUCGCCCCACAGUCUGCAGAACAAAAUGGACGAUAUCGAAGAAGAGUGCUACCCCGCGAUCAGCAUGAACACAUCUGCCAAUGGUCAGAGUAAACAGCACAUUAUUCACCGAUUCCAGCCUAACAUUCCAGCGUUGCUCUCUGCAGCGAGUAAUUCGGUGCUCACAACCUUCGGAGGUCACAAUGUAUCCGCCCUCAAAAGCACCGCAUCCGGUGGCGCGAGUCUUAACCUGCUUAGCGCACUUCAGCAGUCGAGCAGUAGUCUAGCCCAGCAGACGCAACUGGUUUUGUGCAAUCCGGUUGGCUUGAACAACAAUCACCUCACCGUCAACAACAACCUCAGCAAGGAAAUCAGCAACAGCAGCAGCAGCACCAAUAGCUUACUGCUCAGCUCGGGCUACAGCAGCAAGCAAAGUUGUUCCAACGAAUCGUCCUCAUCCAGCUCUGGCAGUAUAGCCUCAGACAUAGAAAUCGAUGAGAUGACCGUCAAGGAAGAGCCCAUAUCUCCUAGUUCGAGCUGUCCUCCGUCACCCUCAGGAGCCGGCACCAGCGGAACAGUCGUGAAUGGCUACACCAUCUCCACGGUGAAUCUGGCCAAUAUGGCGGCCUAUGCACAGCCCGACCUUGUGUUGGAACACAAGAACGGUACCCUCCAGCUUACCUCCGCCUCGCAGAGUUUACUGAAAAAUCAGCAAAUCAUCAUCAACGGCAACACAAUCUCCACGACCAGCGGCAGCAGUAGUGCCUCCACUCCGUCCCAGCCUGCCUCUGCCCCGCCUAAGAUUGUGAUGUCCAAAUUAAACAUCAAGCUGGAACCACAGUCAUCCAGCUCCUUCGGUCUACCUCCGACACCUCCUUCUUCGCUGCCAAGCGACGAAUCCGAGGGCAACCAAAGUCCGGAGCAUCACACGUCGCCCCUAUCUCCGCCCACAGUGAUCUCAGCCGCGUCCCCCAGCACAAGCUCGAGCAGUUCCGUCAGCAGCAGCAGUAGCGGUGGCAGCACUCCCUCCAGCCGAAGGACCUCGGUGAACAACGGUGCCAACGGGGCACCGGGAACUCCCACAUCGAUGAUCACUUCCUCGCCCGGUGUUUCACGGACGGUCGCUAGUCAGAGUGUGACGACCAGGCAGCCAAUUCACACGCCCCUCAUCAGCACUCAACCGAAGGGUUCGACGGGGACGCUCAUCCUGACAGAGGAGGAAAAACGCACCCUGCUGGCCGAGGGUUACCCCAUCCCAACGCGACUUCCACUGACCAAAGCCGAGGAGAAAUCGCUCAAAAAGAUUCGGAGGAAAAUCAAAAACAAGAUUUCCGCCCAGGAGAGCCGACGAAAGAAGAAGGAAUACAUGGACCAGCUCGAGCGUCGCGUCGAGAUCCUGGUCUCGGAGAACCUGGACUACCGGAAGCGGGUGGAGUCCCUCGAGGACUCCAACCAGAAUCUUAUGACCGAAUUGGCGAAGCUACGCACUCUCAUCAGUCGGCAGCAGAGCGUAAGGAAGAUGUAAUGGGGCAACUAUUGCAGCGUCGAUCCUUACUCGUUACGUCGAUUGGUUUUCUUUUCUCUUCAGUUUGUGUUUAUUUGUGUAUAAGAACAGCAUCUCUGGAUUUCCUAAACUGUAACAACAUGUACAAAGUAGAUAAUUUUUCAACGUGCGCUUCUUCCGCCGCCGCCGUAAUGCUUGUGUGUUUUGCUAGCAAUGGAAAAAGGGAGGGAAGGUUAGUAAGCGUGGGAAACGAGACCGAGAAGUUCAGCAAUUUGGAUUGUGUGGAGCUUUUGGCAAAUGGAAAUUUUUCGUGCAAUAUUGUUAUUCCGCGUCUUCUAUUUUGGAUCUGUCUGUUUCCAUCUUUUCAUCAAAAUGUUAGUCUCAUUCUCGGCUUAGUUGAGACAGCGUUUGGGGCAGCGAACGCUGCAUAACCACAAACACGACAGGCGAUAUUAUGAAGGAUUAAAUAAACAAAGUGCAUUCCAUUAAUAGUUAGCUAAAAGUAUCAUACUAUUGCUCGUGUGCGAAUAUGCCGCAUAAUUUAUAGCUUGUAAGUGUAGACACAUCAAAUAUAUAAAUAUACACACAAAUAUUUUGUUGUUGCGAUUUAAGCAAAAUUCAACAGAACCAAUCGUUGUUGUAAGAAUUUCAAAUAUUUAUUGCAAAGUCAACCGACGAAACUGAAUCGAAACGAUCGAGUGUGCCUUGAACGAAGACGACGACAAAACGAUUCCUCUCAAACAAAAUUGGUCGAAAGUGAUCGAAAGCUUUCGCACAGUUAGCGUUGCCUUAGUUUGGAUGCGAACCAAGGCUUAGUUUCGACGCUACCCGCGCAAGGCGCUGUGUACGCACUGAAAAAUUGCGCGCUUUGAAAGUCGACAGUUAUCCUCUUUUGGUUUUUUUCCCGCACAAAAAUCACCCGAGGGUGGGUGAGAAAAGGAUGGAGUGGAGUUAAAAAGCACAGACAGGAAGUAAAAGGAAAGACAAUUUCAUCGUUAGUUUGUAAGUGAUUUUUUUUUGUUUAAAACAAAAAGUAUCCCCCAAAUAAUUAAAAAUAAUUGCUGAUUUGUAACUGAUCAUGAAUAGUAACAUUUUUCGUUACAUCCCAAUAUUUGCAGGUUUAGUGUUUAGUAGUUUAAGUCGUUUCGUUUAGUGAGUUUUUGUACAUAUACCGAGCCGGAAGCUACAGUGGAUUAAAUCGGGUAUAAAUGCUAAAACGAUCUAUCGAAUCGUACAGAUGUUGAGUGGUAUGUAAAUAGCAGACACAGGAGGGCCGUAUUCUUUUUGUCUCAAGAUCAUAUCCAUUGCGUUACUCAAUCAUUUGAGUGAAACAUUAACAUUUUUCACGUUGAAAUUUAAUUGCCUUUGCGUAAGAGAGGCAAUCUGUUUUGUUUGAAAUGAAGGAAAACUAACAAUCGUUGAUUACUAAAUUUUUCGUCCGACAUAAUGAAAUGAAGAACUGCGAACUGCGAGUACUUACAGGAAUCACGAUUGGAUAUAUUGUUAACCUGUUACAUAAACACUAGGAUUUGAUAAAGAACGUUUUUUAUAAGCAGUAAGAUAGGUGUUUUAGUCUAGGAUAUCAAAUUACGAUUGUCAACUGAGAAAGUGGAAAAAAGAGAAUAUAUUUUAUAUAAAAGUGUAUAUUGUAAGUGGAACGAUAGAUUAACCAAACCUUAAGCUUAAACAUCAAAUAAUGAGAACGAAACAACAACAAUGGCUCUGCUAGAUUUGAAAAAAAUAUCUGAGAGCAUGAUUGCCCGGGAAGCAUUUUUAUUCAUAUAACCAUUAGAAGAAUGAAAGAAAGGACACCUCACGGCACUUCUGUCCAUUACAGGCAUACAAAAUCUAGGAAACGUUCAUUUCCGGUCAAACAAAAAAAUCGGAGAGAAAGGGUGAUUUGAAAAAUCACUUCCUACUAUAAUAUAUAUAUAGCAAAGCAAAAUGAUAUGAGAAAACUGUUUCUGCCAUUUUAAUGAUUAGUUUACGUGACGUUGAAAAAAAGAGACUACUAGAAUUUCGAGGAGAAAAAAACUAUUUGUAAUAUUUAAGCUGAAGAAUAGUUUACUUUAGGCAUUAGUUUUAAUUGAACGCUAUUUCGACGACUGAUAAAAGCGUUUCGGAUCGCUCGAUCGGAAAUAUUCUCACAAAUUCGACAAGUAUCUUCCAAUUUUAUCUAACACACACACACACACGGCUAAAUCAUUGUGCAAUUUACUCCUUCUUCCUUUAUUUAAAUUGUUAUCUUUAUUUUGUUUACGUUUAUUUUUUGUUUAUAUUUUUAACAAGAACGAUACAAUAUGUUACCUACAUUAUUUUGAGUUUUAGUGUUAAGCUGCUGAUAUCUUAACUAUUUUUAAGCUGUUCAUUUUUUGUACACCACUCCGAACCCGAAACAGAAAGAAAGCACAUACAUCCGCGAGACAGGAGUAAAACGGUAUGGCAAGUUCCCUUCCCAAGUAGAAACAAACAAAAAAAAAAAAACAAAAGUCGCACAUUGUAAAAGUCAAUGAGCAUUUAUGAAAUGACUGUGUCUAGCUUACCAGCGUAAAUCCCGAAUCAAACAACCAAAUGAAACCAAUCAAACAAGUGUCAAAUUAAAAAAAAAAAAAAAGAAAACCCAAAUUCAAACACACAAACAAACAACACUGAUUACUACGCAAAUUUAGAUGAAUGAUUACUCCUACUACUUUAUAAAAGUUACUUAACGAAAUGAAGAGAAAAUCGGAAAAUACAUCUUAUUAU